AUGGCUGAUAAUGACUUGGAUAAAAAAUCCACAAAAUGCCCCAACUGUUCAUCUGCUCCUGAGAAAGAUACACUUUGUGUAUGUGUCUGUAAAGCAAAACUUUCUCCGAUUUUGGUGGUGGAAAUGUCACAAACAUCAAGUGCUGCUGAGAGUGCAGAAUUUUUAGUUUCACCAGAGAAAAAAAGAGAAAAAAAUAGCAGCAGAGAGUUUACCUCUGGGAAAGAUUUGCCCUCAAGAACCUCAAAUGUAGAGAGAAAAUCAUCUCAACAACAAUGGGGUCGGGGCAACUUUACAGAAGGGAAAGUUCCUCACAUAAGGAUGGAAAACGGCGCUGCUAUUGAGGAAAUCUAUACCUUUGCAAGAAUAUUGGGACAGGGGAGCUUUGGAAUGGUCAUUGAAGCUAUAGACAAGGAAACACAAACUAAGUGGGCAAUUAAAAAAGUAAACAAAGUAAAGGCUGGAAGUUCUGCUGUGAAGUUACUGGAACGUGAGGUGAACAUCCUAAAAAGUGUAAAACAUGAGCACAUCAUACAUCUAGAACAAGUAUUUGAGACGCCUAAG